ACGGCGCAGGCACGCACACACGUGCCGGUCUUGGCCUGACUUGACCGCCAGGACUUCACAACCCCCGGAAGUCCGAAGCUUUUGUUCGGCAUGCGGAGUACCAGUACCGCCUUGCACCCAUCCGGAGUCCCGGGCAGCGAAGGCGUGCGGUGGGCUGGGUUUGGAUGUUUUGCAGUUUGGCUGGGUUUGGCUGGGUUUGGGUUUCGCUGUGGUUGGCGGUUUGGCUGGGUUGUGGUUGGCUGGGUUGGUUGGUUGGCUGCGUGGGCUGGCUGGGCUGCGAGGGCUGGCCGCUGGGCGUGUGCGGUUGUUGGGUCCGCUACUGGGUACUACCUACUAACUACAGUCUACAUGUGGGUAUAUGUACUAGGUACUAUGGUAUGGUACAAUCGCCCCCCAGGCCCCAGCAGGAGAUACGUAGCUACACACGCCGUAUGUACGCAGAGCAGAGGAAGGGAAGGGAAGGGAAAGACAACGUCGGGACGCACUGGGAUGGGUACCCUGAGUAAAUACCCAGAAGGGUAUGUACGUCAUCGUAUCUCCGGAGGUGCGCUUACGUGCAUCAACGGGUCGAUCUACAGACCUACCUACGGACCUACAGACUUUCCGCCUUCCAUCCAUCAUCCAUGUAGAGGGUUUCCUGGGAAACGGGCGCAGACUCUGCGGACUCUGCGGACUGCGGAGGGAGACAUGAUUACAUACUUGGGUGCUAUGAGGACCCUUAUGGUAUGUUGAGGGUAUAUAGCGUGUCUGCGCAAGCAACGUGAUAGGCUGCCAAGUGGUUGGUUACCUACCUAGUCCUCGGUGCAGUGUGCACCUUAGGUAGGUACUCUAACUAGGGUAGCCGCGCAGGAGAAAGAGGGUCCUCCGGCCGGCAGACACGUUAUGCGGGGAUGGGGGAGGCGAAUAACUAAUGGUGAUGGCGGUGGCGAUGGCGGUGGUGGUGGUAUCUAUGAUAUGUACGCAGAGUACGGUAGGUGUCGGUACGUAGAGUAUCUGGAGCGGAGUACUCUACCGCAG